GCAAGAUGGCAGCCUCCAUUAGGUCGUGUUUUCACAUCAACAAGAGAUAUUUAUCAGCUUUUAGUCAACAUUAUCGACAGCGGUCUUCUCUUGUGCCGAUAUACAGACUUUCUUGUCAUUCAUGGGCUAGACCAGUAGUCAUAGAAAGGAGAAAUGAGUGUAGUUUUGUUCCGAUAAAACGUGAUUUUAGUAUAACGUGCCGAUUAAGUAAUAAUGAACAAGCUACAGAAGAAACAGAAGAGGAAUAUCAUUCUAUUAUUAAAGAUGAUGAAAGACCUAAAGGGCCAUCUGAUGCACAUGAAUUUCAAGCUGAAACACGACAAUUACUGGAUAUUGUAGCUAAAUCUCUUUACUCAGAAAAAGAGGUUUUUAUUCGAGAGUUAAUCUCUAAUGCCAGUGAUGCCCUGGAGAAGUUGCGUUAUCUAGAAUUAACUGGAGCAGAUGUUUUAAGCAGCGACAUACCAUUAGAAAUUCACAUUAAAACUGAUGAUUCCAAGAAAACAUUUACAGUUCAGGAUACGGGUCUUGGACUAACAAAAGAAGAACUUAUAGAAAACCUAGGAACUAUUGCCAAGUCAGGCUCAAAGGCUUUCUUAGAACAGCUGAAAGGUAAUUCACCAGGCAAUGUAUCAAGUACUUUGAUUGGACAAUUUGGUGUUGGGUUUUAUUCAGCGUUUAUGGUAGGUGAUAAAGUGGAAGUAUUUACACAAAGUUAUAAACCUGAUGAACCAGCUUAUAGAUGGGCAUCAGAUGGGUCAGGAACAUAUGAAAUUAGUGAAGCUGAAGGUGUUAAAAGAGGUACAAAGAUUGUGGUACAUCUGAAAGGAGAUUGUUAUGACUUUUCAAAAGAAGAUAUCAUUCAAGGAAUUGUAAAGAAAUACAGUAAUUUUGUUGGUGUUCCCAUCUUUUUAAAUGGUAAACGAGCAAAUAUUAUACAGGCUUUAUGGAUGAAUGACCCUAAAGAUAUUACUGAUGAUAUGCAUGAAGAAUUUUAUCGUUUUAUCGCCAAUGCAUAUGAUAAACCUAGAUAUCACAUGCAUUAUAAAACAGAUGCACCAUUGAAUAUUCGAGCUUUGUUCUAUGUUCCUGAAUACAAACCUACCAUGUUUGAUUUAAGUCGUGAAAUAGAGAGUUCUGUGACAUUAUACAGUAGAAAAGUUAUGAUCACUCCAAAUGCAAACACAAUUUUACCAAAAUGGUUACGUUUUGUGAAAGGUGUUGUUGAUAGUGAAGAUAUACCAUUAAAUCUGAGUAGAGAAUUAUUACAAGACAGUGCUUUAAUCAGGAAAUUAAGACUAGUAUUAACAAACAGAAUUAUCAAGUUUUUUAUUGAUCAAGCUAAGAAAGAUAAUGAGAAAUAUAUGAAGUUUUAUGAAGAUUAUGGCUUGUUUUUUAGAGAAGGAAUUGUUACAACUACAGAACAAGAUCAAAGGGUAAUGCAUUCUUACAUAAACCUAACAACAUUGAGGAUGUUAAAAUUAAAUUGA